CCGUCUCGUGGCUGUAACAUUGCGCAUGGUACAGAGAUUUCUCCCUCGGACCUGAAAGAUGUACCCUGACACGCCACACGAUGGAUGCAUCGAUACACAUUUACCGAGAUAAUCUGGCGCGGCUGUAUUUCAUCGAAGAGACCCACUCCCCCCGUACUUGUGAUCAUCAAACACGUUUGCAGAAGCUCAGCAGACCGCCCAGAAAUCGGCGUUCAACUGACGGGGGGCUUUCCACGUCCUUUUGGUGCAUGGGAUCGUAUAACGUUGAACGGUAUUUUUGAUAAGCUGCUCGAGGGAUCCAUCAAGACUCAGACCAGCCCAUUUGAUUUUUCUCAACAGCAUUCCUUUCACCGAUUGCGAUAUUUUUUUCCUCAAACGCUGCUGCCGAGAGAGCACAGACAGAGGGGCGCGCACGAUAGGGCAGACAGCAGCAGGCAUACACCGCGUAUGUCGGGAUUUCAUUACUCCGAACCUGAAAAAUAAUCUUAUAUUCUGGCGAUGCAAUAUUGGGGAUUCUGAACGACAUGAUACAUUCACCGAUCAUGAACUUCAAUUCCGCUGGCUGAGUUUUUUGGUAUGUUGUAUUCACAUCGGGAAGAAAAACCGGACCGUAGUUUACACGAAUUGACUUGGAUUGUUCGAAAUGCGCGUUGCUGUCAUCUGUCUCUCGUGCGAUAAUAACCCUGAUGUUUUAUUUAAGUGUGUUCCCUACAGAAGAUAGAUCACUAUUAACUCCGUCUGCUUAAAGCCUAUAUGAAGGGGACAGAGGACGAAGCUGCCGAUUGUGAUGUUGCAGUUUUGCCACAGCUCAACCGUGUUGUCUUUGAAGCAAUUUCGUUGUCUGCUCACAAAGAAGUGGGAAUAAACUUUACUCCGUUUGUGUGACAGAGGAAUGUCAUAAUAGCUGGAUUCAAGAUACCAUUAAGCUUCCCCAAAGACAUAAUUGUAUAUCUGACUAUGGUUCCCGAAUUGUUCUGAAGAUGUGUGAUUCUAUAUUAAUUCAGGCAUAGACUACUGGUAACUUGAAUGCCGAAACGUUAUCGUAAAAGUCUCCUCGGGCAGUGAAUGAAAGAUCUUGUUAUACUGGAAACACUGACCGACCCAGGAUGCAAUAUUGAUAUGUUUGGAAGCCUAUAGGUGUAUUCUUCAGAGGAGGCAGUACACAUUUCCUGUCCAAAUUAGCCAACUGUGACAGUUUGAGUGUGACAUCAUUUGAGAUGCAACUACUGGCACACAUGCUUGCAAAAUUGUUGACGUAACCCUUGCCCAUGUAAAUUCAAUUGAUCACCAUAAGGGUCCUGUCAGUGCUCUUUCUACGUGACAGAGGACUAACGCGAGGUAGAGUGUCCACAGCCUCGCAUAAACUUUUAAUGAUUGCAAGAAGAUUCUUUGUUUCGUGGAGGGUUUGAUAUUGUCAUCACCCAUUUUUUCCAAAGUCUGUCAGCUUAAGGGAUUUUACGGAUUUUAAAUGGUGUUCCGAAAGUUACCCGGUGUGUCGGCAUCGGGCAUGGGUCUUCGCCUUUCUCAGAAAUUCGUGUUUCUUCUCUUUCUGUCGGGGUUGGUAACUCUGUGCUUCGGGGCCCUAUUCUUCUUACCCGAUUCCGUCCGUCUGAAGCGGAUUUUCCUACCCAAGUCAGACAACCAAGCGGUGACAGUGGGCUCAGAAAAUGAUGUCAGGGAGCAUUCCAAAAAUAUGCGGGAGCAAACGGCAAAGGGUGACAGCACUACGAAACUCAAAAUACUGAGCCGUAAGCAGUCUGUUACUCACGAGGCACGUACCGUGGAGAGAUCCGUAGGAAAUAAACCGCCAGAGGAAUCCAACCCACCUAGGACAAAGCCAGAACCAGGCGGCAAGGCUCGGGAAUCUGUAACCAGGGGAGAUAGAGUGACCACGUCAACUCAGAACGGUCAAAACAAGGAUAACUUUGACUUUGAGAAAUUCAAACGGUGUCUACUCAAAGCGCCCCUAGGAAGUGAUAAUGGCAAGCCAGCUGAUCCGCAAACCCUACAGCGUCGGGAAAAAGUCAAAGAGAUGAUGAAGUUCGCCUGGGACAACUACAAGCGCUACGCCUGGGGCAAGAACGAGCUGCGCCCUCUGACCCAAAAUGGCCACAUCGGGAACAUGUUCGGUGGUUUGCGGGGAGCAACAAUCAUCGACUCUCUGGACACACUGUACAUCAUGGGACUCAUGGAAGAGUAUGAGGAAGCCAAGAAAUGGGUGGAGACUGACCUUGACCUCAACUCGAAUGGUGAGGCCUCCCUCUUCGAGGUGAACAUCCGCUAUGUUGGUGGCCUGCUGUCUGCCUACUACUUAACUGGUGCCGAGGUCUUUAAGAGGAAGGUGCUGGAGCUGGGGGAGAAGCUGCUACCCGCCUUCAACACUCCCACAGGCAUCCCCCGAGGAGUGAUCAAUCUGGGGAGCAGUGGCACCAGUUGGAGCUGGGGCUGGGCCUCGGCUGGCAGCAGCAUCCUGGCCGAGUUUGGGACCCUUCACCUGGAGUUUGUGCACCUGACGGAGCUCUCCAACAACCCCAUCUACACCGAGAAGGUGAUGAAUAUCCGGAAGGUUCUGAACAAAAUUGAGAAGCCGCACGGCCUCUAUCCUAACUUCCUCAGUCCCGUCAGUGGAAACUGGGUCCAACAUCACGUUUCCAUCGGGGGCUUGGGGGACAGCUUCUACGAGUAUCUGAUCAAAUCAUAUCUCAUGUCAGACAAGAUGGAUGAGGAGGCUAAGAGCAUGUACUACAGCGCUCUGGAGGCUAUAGAGACCAACCUGGUGCAGAAAUCCCCUGGAGGUCUGACCUACCUGGCCGAGUGGAGAGGGGGGAUCCUGGACCACAAGAUGGGCCACCUGGCCUGCUUCUCCGGGGGCAUGGUGGGCAUCGGCGCGGAUGAUGGGCCCCAGGAGAAGAGGCAGCACUAUCUGGACCUGGCAGCCGAGAUCACCCACACCUGCCACGAGUCCUACACCCGCUCAGCCACCAAGCUGGGCCCCGAGGCAUUCCGUUUCGACGCGGGGGCAGAAGCCACGGCAACCCGACUGAGCGAGAGAUACUACAUCCUGCGGCCAGAGGUCAUCGAGAGCUACUUGUACCUGUGGCGUCUGACCCACGACCCCAAGUACCGGGAGUGGGGCUGGGAAGCUGUGGAGGCGCUGGAGAAGCACUGCCGCACCGAGGGAGGAUUCUCUGGCAUUAGAGACGUCUAUUCCUCUGUGGUCAGCCACGACAACAUGCAGCAGAGCUUCUUCCUCUCAGAGACUCUCAAGUAUCUGUACCUGUUGUUCUCGGAUGACGACCUGCUGUCGAUGGAGGACUGGGUUUUCAACACCGAGGCUCAUGCCCUGCCUGUCAUACGCAAGAGCUGUCUUCAGCCAGAGACUGGGACACAAGACGCAAACAAAUCCACAACCGAGUAACCACCCGUCUCCUGCCUCGAACCACACCUGGAUACAGACAUUAUAUACCUGACAACGCCAAACACACACACACACACACACACACACACACGAGACAAAACAAAUGUCAAGAAAACGUCCACUGAAACACACACAAGCAUACCAACACCCAGGGCUGAGGCCUCAGGGGCCUUUGAACGGACCCUCAGGUUCUUCCUCGUGAAGGAUCUGGUCGUACACGCCGUGAUUGUAGAACCUCGGGCCCGAGUGUCUCUGUAAAGGCUGACAAGGGGCACCGGUGCAAAUUUUCUUUUUUCUGCGGACAAUCAGACAGACAGGACUUUCAUGAGAAGAGCACCUUUUUUCUUUCCUUCUUUCCUCUGUGAGGAAAAAAAACAAAACAAAAGAAAAACAGAAUAAUCCAUGGAUUUGUAGGAGGAUUACUGUGCCAUUGGGUUUUAGUGAGAAAAAGUGAUAAAAAAAAGAGAGAGCGAGAGAGAGAAAAAGAGAGAAAGAGAACCACUGCGCUUUUCAUUUGAUUUUCCAUUCUUCACAUUUCCGUUCCAGAUAUGUUUUUUUUACUUGUUGUUCUUCUCAUUGCGCAAACUUUUCUGACCUUCAUGCCAUGCUUACUCUCUGACCAAAGUAUUAUUUGUUCUUCAUCGCGUGGAAAAGUUCUAUUGCUUUUGUCACGGAGAACGAUUCACACAGAUUACAGCCGACUGUAGAACCCAGUUCCUCUGUCAACCAUGUACAGACAGUCAACACUCUGACUGGCUUUGUGUCUGAAGAACAUUUCCUAGACUAGUAUCAGCUUUGCUAUGCUGCUCAUGAAUCCAAUUGGUCUGUGUGAAUCUAACCUCAAAUCUGCUAUGAAAAAAAUCACUUCUUUUCAAUUUUUUUGUCAGUUUUUGAAAAUACGUGGACCAAUUUUUUUAAAAGAUGUAGAAUUGAUUUAAUCUUUCCCUCAGAAAUGUAUAGAUUCACAGUAAUGAAAUGUGUAAAAUGAGUUUUUGGGAUGUUGUUUAUGCUGGCCUUUCAGAUGAAAAGAAAGAUGUGAAGACAAGGGAGAGUUCAGGAGAUGGUCUGCCGUUUCCUUCAUGUGCAGAGUUUGUUUUGUGUUUGUUUGUUUCUUCUAAUGGUGUUGUGUUAGGAAGAGCUCAUAUCUGUGUCACACUCUCUGCACCGAGUCUCAGGAGUGUCACAUUGUCAGAUUGUGUGUGACACUGUCAGCAACAAUCGUAUGAAUAUUUACUCUGCCACACACUCACACACACAUAUAUAUGCCUCUGUACAUGCACGCACACACACACACACACACACACAAACAUGCUCUUUACACACAUGCACACAUACAUACAGUACAAUAUAUGCACACACCUUUACAAACAAAUCUUUAGAAAAGACCUGUCAUCAUUCUGUCUCCAAGACGAAAGAAAUCAUCGUCUGGUCAAAGAGUGAGUCCUGAUUGGACAUGAAGACCACGGUAUCUGUCUUUGUCCGUCACCGUUGAACACACAAAGAUGUGAGAGAAUGUGCUGUACAGAAAGCGGAUGAAUGUGAGUGAUUCCUGGUAUUCAAUGUGUUUUGCUUUUUUUCCAUCUUUUUUGGGGGAGGGAGAAUGUUCUUUAUUAUUUGCAUAAUGAUGUCAUUCUUAUUCUUUAUAAUUUUUUUCAUUUGAUUCCCUCAGGUGUUUCCGUAAAAAAAAAGAGGAGAAACAAACAUUUUAUUAUAAUUAUUCCUACUAUUAAUGAAUUAAUUCUUAUUGUUGAUUUUACCUGUCUUUCGUUGUUGAGUAUUUUCAAAUACUGGUAAAAGACCUGUGCAACUUUGUACAUUUAAAACAA